AUGAAGAUAUCACCAGAUAGGCUUUUCUGCGAGAAAAAUGUCAGUGUGGCACAUCGAACAGACUAUAAAUCAAACCUUUUUCAGACGUCGCAUGAUGGGAAUGCCCCUCAUUUAAGGAUAGCAUUAAACAGAAGUCCUCCAACCUUAACUACUGGAAGACCAUGUCUUGCUGGUACCCAAACGUUGAAGCAUCAACAAGCCGAAGAGAAACGAAUCAGUCUGAAUUUGACCAAUGAAAGCUUCUUUAGUUUGAAUGCUCGCGAGUGUACUGAAGAGUCGAGUGGAUUUGACCACGUGUUGUCUGACCAGGGUAAUCCAAGUUAUUUUGAGAAUGAAAACAAGUAUGAAGGUAAUGGCAGCAACAAUUACAAUAAUCGGUGGGAUCCAGUUAUCAAAUCAGUGUAUCGACCCCUUGAAGCUCAAGCAAAGAACUCUAGUGUAGCUGUAACAGCUUCACCUUCGAGCUCAGGAGGGUCAACAGUUCAUUACGCUUGUGAUGACGAGUUUGAUUACGAUUCGAUGGUUGAGCAGACACAUAAGAUUGCCAGUAAGGAUUUUCAGACACUGGACGAUAAUCUAACAUUUAUAGCAAGUUAUGUGGAAGAGCUGACAGGCUGUGGUACUCUAGCAGCCAAAGGCGAAACCAUCUAUCAGUGGUCGGGGAGACUACCGCUUGCCAAUCACAAAUCUGGACCGUUUUCUCGGAAAGUAUUUCUUGGUGGGUUGCCGUGGGAUAGUACAAGCGAUAAAAUAAUGAAGGCUUUUUCUCGAUUUGGCAAAGCUACUGUCUGCUGGCCAUCAAAGGAUGGUAGCCCUAUAGAUAACAAAAGAUAUUCAAGCAGAGGCUACUGUUAUCUAAUAUUUGAAGAAGAGACUUCUGUUUCUAAACUAUUGGCAAACUGUUUCGAAAAUCCUAACAAAGCUGGAUAUUACUACAAAAUGUCAAGUCCUAAGUUCGUAUCCAAAGAUGUGCAGGUGAUCCCGUGGGUUUUAAGUGAUGAUCACUUCUCAAAGUCAACUCCCAACCCGGAGGAUACGAAACAUACUGUAUUUGUUGGAGCUCUGCAUGCAUUGAUUACCGCAGAAGCAAUCGUGAAAAUUAUGGAUGAUAUAUUUGGAAAUGUUGUUUACGCGACUUUGGAUACAGAUCGGUACAAAUAUCCUACUGGUUCUGCUAGAGUGGUUUUUUCAAGUAAUAAAAGUUAUACAAAGGCUAUUAUUGCUAAUUUUGUCAAUAUUCGAACGUGGAAAUUCAUUAAAACAAUUCAAAUAGAUCCUUAUCUAGAAGAUACGGUUUGUAGCAGUUGUGCCACAUAUCCCGGUAUAUAUUUUUGCAGAGCAUUAGAAUGUUUCAAGUAUUUCUGUCCAGCUUGUUGGUAUGUACGGCAUAAAUUAUUUGAUAAUUCCUACAUGCAUAUACCAUUACGGCGUGGAGUCAGGAUGAACAGUGAUCAUCAAUAA